AUUGAGUAAUGGCUAUGGGUGGUUACAUAUUCAUUGUGCUGUAAGCGACUGGAACAUACCUCCAGGCAGCUUUUCUCUCAGCCUUUGUUACAAGCUUUGAAACAAUACAAUUUUAGAGAAACAAGAUUAAACUACCAACUGUGAAAAUGGGAGGUUCAGCUUCAAAGAAGUUUGCAGGAGAUGUCUUAAGAGCUCACAAUGAAUAUAGACAGAAACAUGGCUGCCCCCCAAUAAAACUCGACAACAAAUUGAACCGUGAUGCACAACAGUAUGCAGAUGCACUGGCUAUUACAAAGGUUCUCAAACAUAGCUCAGAAUCCAGUAGGGGAAAUUGUGGAGAAAAUCUAGCAUGGGCUUCGUAUGAUCAACCAGGACAGGAUGUAGCUGACAGAUGGUAUAGUGAAAUAAGAAAUUAUGACUUUAAGAGUCCAGGAUUCUCCCCAGAAUCAGGGCAUUUUACAGCCAUGAUAUGGAAGAGCACAAAGAAGAUGGGGGUUGGAAAGGCCUCUGCAAAUGAUGGUUCUUCCUAUGUGGUUGCCAGAUACUUUCCAGCUGGAAAUAUUGUCAAUCCCGGUUUCUUUGAAGAAAACGUCCCUCGUCCUGAAAAGAAAUGAUUUGGAAAAUGCAAACAUUAAUUGUGGACUACAGAGUGUAACAGUGAAAAGCCUAUGAACUCUAAAGCUUGAUGCCUGUGUUUACCUGUCGCUUUGACAGCACACACUCUAAUACACAUUAUGAGUGUGAAUUGACUUAAGGCUUAAAAUAAACAUUUAAUGAUAUGAUACGGCUACUUGGACUAUCAUUAUAUGAACUUUGCAUUAAAAAAAGUAAUCAUUUCUUGUAACUUUUUUUAAAAAGCAAAUUGAUUGUAUAUUUUCCUCCUAUACUGUGUCCAGAACUUUGUUUUCUAAAUUUCCAUUGUUUUGAAAACAACUGAAGUGUUACAUUUAUCUUUGUGCAUUAUAGUUUGGUAUUAUUAUGAAUAUUGAAAAUCAUAAAAACUUAUGACUUAUUCAUUUUAACUGAAAUCAGUUUUUGGUUUUAAAAUUAUAAAAACAUUCCAACGUGAAUUUAUCAUCUUUGUAAAAGUUGAUAUGAUCCGUAAGCUAAUCACCUUCUAGUGACACUUUAAAGAUACAAAAUCUAUGACAAACUUCACUUCCUCUUACACCUCCUAAUUUUUUAAAAAGAAAAAUCUUGGUUACAGCCCAGUAUGGACACUGGAUUUGGGUGAUUCCUGAGUUCAUGGUGAAGACCUAUCAUAUCAGCUUAUAUAUUGGCUUCAAUACUUUAAUAUUUCCAGGCUGCACACCACCUUCUCUGACACAUAUUGCAACCCAUCUGUGACAUAGUGGACAGUCUCCAUAAGUUUCUCUACCUUCAAAAUUUGUCACAUGAUGACUAACCUUUUACUUAUAAGCCACUUCACAUCUAGCUAGGCUGGCCUUGGAUAGUAGGAAUUCCGGCCACGUCCUUUACUCCAAACUUUUCUAGUUUGGGGAACCUUGCCUUCGGGAACCCAGAGUCACCUAAGUACCCAUAUAUCAGAGUAAGACUUUGUGAAUGAUUAACAUGUAUACAGAUAUAUGUAUACGUAGCAUAAAACUUUAAACGAGGUAAAAGAAGCAUUCAUUUUCCCUGUCCAUGAUUUCAUAUUUCCUUGAACUUGACUGUGACCUUACACAAGACUUUUCAGGACAGACUUAGAUGAGUUCAGUGGGAUUUGAAGGAUUAUAAACCGUCUCUUUGCUAUGGACCCUGAAGUAAGCUAUCUCAGAGCACGAAAUGAGCAAAAGCAGUAUUCCUGGCAGCUCUGUAGUAUUACAGAUGUGCUAAUAGUGCCUCCCAGAAUCAUGUCAAAUGCACACAACUUAAAGGUCUUAAUACAAGUCACAUGUCCUUGAGAAAUUUUAGCAUAAAUAAUCCUGUGUUCUUUAGUUUGGUUCAGUAUUUAUAUUUGUGAAGCAUUUGCCUUAAGGUUAAAAUAUAUGUGCAUUUACAUGUUCAAACAUUGUAGCUAAUUAAUUAAAAAGAGCAUUCCCCAGAAUGUAUAUUCUAGAAAUUGAUGUUGUCUAUUAUUUCAGUCGAAAAACCAGGUACAGGAUUUGAGAUUGAUGUUUUACAAAUUCCAACUUGGAGUAAAUUUGAAUAGAAUGUUUUACGUUGUCAAAAUUAUCUGGUUUUUUUAACACUAAUUUUUUAUUCCUAAUGUAAUCCAGGGAUUUAAUGUUAUGGAGAACAUUAGAAAAUAAACCAUAUUUUUCAUAUAAUA